AUGGCCCGCCACCCGACGGCGACCGCCGUCGCCAUGGCGGUGCUGCUGCUCGCAGCGCCCAUAGCCGCCGCCAGUGUUGACGCACAGCGCAAUGGCCGUGAGCUUCAGCAGCUCCCCGGUCUCGGCGGCCUCACCAGCGGCCUCACCGGCGGCACUGGUGGCAGUCUCCUCGGUGGUGCCCUCAACACCGUCGGCAACGUUCUCGGCACUGUCACUGGCGUUGCCUCCGGCGUGACCGGUGGCACCACCACCACCAACCCCGUUGGCGGCCUCCUUGGCGGCCUCCUGGGCAGCUCCGGCAGCCUCCUGGGCGGCUCCGGCGGCCUCCUGGGCGGCGUCCUGGGCGGUUCCAACAGCACUGGCCUCCUCAGCGGCGUCCUUGGCACCGUUACUGGCCUGCUUGGCUCCAACCCUACCGGUCUCCUGAGCACCCUCUCCGGUGUCACCGGCGGCAGCCUCCUUGGUGGUCUCACCGGCACUUCCGGUGCUACCGGCGGCCUCCUGAGCGGUCUCACGGGCGGCCUUGCUGGUGGUCUCGUCGGCGGUGUCACCGAUGUCCUGGGCAACAUCCUGUCUGGCUCCACCUCCGGCCUCCUGUCCGGCACUGUUGGCGGCCUCCCCCUGGUCGGCGGCCUCUUUGGCAGCAAGUCUGGCCUGCCCGUUGUUGGCGGCCUGUUCAACAGCACCCAGCUGAGCGGUCUCCCUGUUGUGGGCAGCCUUCUGGGCAAUGUCCCUGUCCUCGGCAACGGUGGUCUCCUCACCAACCUCCUGGGCCUGGCCUCCGGCGACCUCCUGGGUGGUGGUGGCCUCAACGCUGUCCUGAACGGUGUCCUGAACAACGCUGUGGGCCCCGUGCUGGAGACUGCGGCUGGCCUCCUGCCCGGCGUCACCAACGCCGUUCCCCUCGUCACCAACCUCCUUGGCGGCAACCAGAGCUUCAUCCUGGCACCCACUGACGUCUCGUUCAUUGGCGGCAAGGGUGCGCUGCUGUCCAGUGUGCUCUCCCUCAACCCCAACGCCCUGCUCUCUGUUGUGGGCAUCACCAAGCUCCCCGACAUCGGCAACAUCACGGUUGGCAUCGACGGCAGCUUCCUCUACAACGGGCCCAACCUGAACGGCUCCACCAGCGUGUGCAUCCAGGUCACCGACCUGCUGUCCACCGCCCCCAUCUGCAUCGACCUGAUCCGCAACCUGCAAAUCCCCGCCGUUGGCGGCAUCCUGCCCCUGGUGUUCAGCAACAAGACCGUCAUCGACCUCAAGGGCGGCACCAACUUCACCGGCAACCUGCUCAGCGGCGUGGUCUCGCCCAACCUCAACCUGGGUGGCAUCCUUAGCGUUGCGGGCCUCGGCCUCCUGCCCGAUGUUGGCACCAUCAACAUUAACAAGGAUGGCACCUUCACCUUCGACGGCAUCCUGAACGGCACCACCAUGUUCUGUGCGGUCGUCACCGAUACGCUCUCGACCCUGCCGCUCUGCCAGACGAUCUCCAACCUGCUGCCAGCUCUGCCGUCGAUCCCCCUGCCCGUCUGCCUCCCCGGCUGCCUCAACGGCGUGUGCACCCCCGGGCUGUGCAAGAACGGCGGUGUGUGCACGUCCAACAACACCUGCAACUGCGACCGCACUGGGUUUACUGGCCCGACCUGCACGGGGCCCCCGCCGGUGUGCAACCCCACUUGCCAGAACGGCGGUGCUUGCAUCAACACCAACAAGUGCGCCUGCCUGCCUGGCUUUGCCGGCCCUGUGUGCAACUCCACUACCACUGUUCCCCCGCCGGGCACCACCCCCGAUGCCACCUUUGUUUGCCCUCGCGAUGGUGUGUGCAAGAUCGCCGCGCCCGGCGUGCUCAAGGCUGCGCCUGGCCCCAAUGGCUUCGUGGUUGUGUCUACCUCCAAGCCUGGUGUGGGGACUGUGGGCGUCACCUCCGACGGCGCCAUCACCUUCACCCCGCCGCUGGGCUUUGCCGGCAACACGACCUUUGUGUCCCUGGUCACCAACGGCACCCUGGCCAAGAACCUCCUGAUCCAGCUGUCCGUGACAGACCCUGCGCCCCCGGCCCCCACCGCCGGCGACGACACCUUCAACUGCCCCUUCAACGCCGACUGCGUGAUCGCCGCGCCCGGCGUGCUCGCCAAUGACGCCACCACCAACCCCGGCGGCAAGGUUGUCGUGGUCAGCAACACCGGCAACGUCACUGUGACCCCCGCGGGUGCCAUCACCCUGAAGCUCAUCCCGGGCUUCGCUGGUGACGUGGUGUUCAACUACACCAUCAACGACGGUGUCUCCAUCAAGCCCGUCACUGCCAAGGUCACCCUUGUUGUCCCCGGCUCUGACACCGCUGGCGGCGUCACCGCUGUUGCCAACUCCUUCCUGCUGCUGGUUCCUGCUGACGGCACUGCCAACAACGCCAGGUGCCCCGACCCGACCCCCGGCCUGGCCGAGAUCGUCAACGCUGCCGUGGCCAAGAUCAAGACUGUUGCUGGCCUGACCAGUGUCAAUGGUGCGUUCUCUCGGUGCGACCUGCUGGACCAGGGCAAGGUGCUGGUGACCAUCAUCUACACCAUCACCGCCCCCACCGCCGCCCCCAUCAACACCGCCCUCGCCGGCAUCAACUCGCCCCCUGUCGUCGGCACCGCGGCGGCUGGUGACAACAUCUGCACCUCCUCCCUGCUGGGCUCGCUGUGCAACGGCACCGUCUUCACCGGCCUCAGGGUCACCGACGGCUGUGCCACGACUGCCCAGCAGACCACCAAGCUGCCCAAGUUCAAUGUCACCCAUAUCCCGGCCAACUACCCCUUCAGCGUUGGGUUCGCUGCCAAGGUGUGCGUGCCCAAGCCGAGCAGGAGCAACCCCCUCAGGUGCACCAACAAGUUCCUCACUGCCGGCGCCGCCACCGCCACUUGCAACAACGGCACCCUGGGUCUGGAGUUCGAGUCGGUGCAACGGUUCGUCAUCGGUCGCCAGCACACCGUCGUCGCCACCUGCAGCAAGAGCAGGUUCAACGACAUCUCGUCUUGCGCCACUCCCAGCGACUCAACCGUCACCCCCACGCUGUCCGGUGGUGUCAAGAUCACCAACAAGGACUUCGAUGCCGGCUGCGUGUGCAGGUCGACCGGCCGUAAGCCGGUGCUGAACCUCAUCACCACCGACGUCCUCGUGGGCCAGCAGUGCCUUGCAUAA